GUUCACUGACAACAACCACACUACACUAUUCAGCGACAUUCGCUAAGAUAUACCUCCCACAAUGGCUCAUCGUUCAGCAGACAUCGACCUGGUCUGUUUAGUCUCAGAUGUCAUUACAGCGUUAGGGGGGACCUUCAGACACUCCCCCCGAUUGUACCGCGACCUAAAGGUAUCACUGGCUAUAAUGGCUCUGGAGAUACACAAUGUAGAUAUUUAUGUGGCCCUCUCCGAAGAGCCAAACUUACGGCGGACAUUCGAGAACAUGGCGGAAGCGUUGGACAGGGCUUUCCGCAAGGACUUCGUGAACACAAAGUAUCAGCAGUUAAAGGCAGGAGAAGAAACGCAACCUCCUGGGCUCUCCAAGUGGUGGCCUCGGUUGUUCACCAGUUGGACCGACAGCCCGAAAGAGUAUAUGAAGAAUUGGACACAAACUCCUUACCCAUAUCUUGGACUGGUGUCUGAGCUUCUUCAAAGUUCUUUACAACGAGAGCUACGGAUAGGAGAGCUCAUAAUUGAUGAUUAUCGAGUUAUUCGAGAUCUGACCAACUUGGCCAAUGAGCUGGUAGAACAACUCGAUCGCGGUCAAUCUUUUGAUGAUGACGAAGACUUCACUGAAAAGGCACAGCCGAACCCGUCGAUCAGCGAGGCGGCCAUUCGUGGUGAGACCAGCAUUCGCUAUCUGUCGCAAAAUCUCUACCACACACUGCACGAGAAUUGGCCUUGUCAAUUGGAAGGGCAUGAGCAUGGCAGAAAACUAGGCCAUUGUGUGGAAGCAAAAUUCUGCCUUGACCCCCAGUGGAGCUCUCGAGAUCCGGAUCCGUCGCGCGAUAGCUUUUUCAUCCUGUUGGCGGGUUCAGAUAUCAUUCAGGAGUGCCGGGUUCGUUGGCUUCCUACCGAUGUUAUGAUUGAAGCGAACACCCUUGCGUGCCUUGUAGAUCACGAAGCCUCGAAAGACGUCUGCUUACAACUGGCGAAGGACGACAAUAACCGACUUUGGGGUCUGGAAUUAGGGCAGCCACUUGAGGUCCUACAGCUGGCGGAAGAGUGUACUGGAAGAUCUCUUGAAAGCCUUCGAAAGUUGCUGGAGAUUGUGAAGCCCACAUAUGCAGCAAAGCGAGUUCUGGGGCUGACAUUAGCGCGGUCUCUUCUGCACCUUCUGGAAGGGCCAUGGGUCAGUUCGUAUCUAUCCAUCGAUGAUAUCUUCAUCUUCUGCAAAGUGCAGAAUGGCUACCCAUACCCAUUAUUUGACAAAGUAUUCCUCUCCACGGCUUUUAAGACAAUUGGUGGCGAAUGCGGUCCCCAGGCUAGCCGACGGCCUCCUUACAGUAUUCACCCGUUUCCGACAAUCCUUGCCCUCGGCAUUGCGCUGGCCGAAAUGGAGCUAGGGGACGAGCUUCUUGACAUCUACGGUCAGCCAUCUUUUGCUGGACUGAGGAACAAGCCAUCUAGGCUUGCAAAAAAGCUGUGGGAAGAGUGUGAGCGUCGGUUCCAUUUGGGGACUGGUUUAAUGCGGACCGUCAGGUUUUGUACGGAUCAAACGGCAUUCCUUCGCUUCGCCGACAUGGGCAAGGAAACUGUUUUCACAGAUUCAGAAUUUGUGGAUGUCUAUUACAGGAAUGCGAUCAGACCGUUGGAAGAAGACCUUGUGAAUGGGGCAAAGUGGACGUGGGAUGAAGUAAAUAGGCUCCAGCGCCGCGACCUUGUCGAUCAGGGAGUCUGCAAAAUCAUCAAGUUGAACAUUGAUCCCCCUUUACAUGAGAGCAGUGAACGAAUGCGGAAUGCAGAACCAAAGUGGAGCAAGCCACCAGGACAUGUGUCAGGCUUAGUCGCAAUACCAGAGGCCAAUGGUUCCAUGGAAGAUUCCCAGCAGAAUCUCUCUAGCGACGAAACCCUGCGUAUCAAUGACAAGGCAAGUCAUUGUCAACCAUCCGACACGCAAGAGCCUGUGAGACCGAAGACUAGAGAUGGCUUCGACGUAGCCAUCAUUUGUGCACUCCCUAUAGAAGCCGAUGCGGUUUUGUCUGCUUUCGACCAUCACUGGGACAAAGAAUUGUACGGCAAGGCAACGAAUGAUCCCAACUUUUACUCUGUGGGCGUUAUGCGUGGUCGAAAUGUUGUUUUGGUUCAUCCUCCACGCUCUGGCAAAGCACCUGCCGCCAAUGUCGCUACCGCUUGUGCCAUGAGCUUUACCAAGGUGACGCUGGCUCUCAUUGUCGGAGUGUGCGGGGGCGUUCCAUUCAAAGAUAACAAGGAGGAGAUCCUACUUGGUGAUGUUGUGAUUAGCAAAGGAGUCAUACAAUAUGAUCAUGGACGACAGUACUCGGACGGAUUUAAACGGAAGAUUGAAAUGGAAGCAGCAUUAGGUAGACCGAACCCACAAAUUGGCUCGGUUUUGGCGGCACUAGAAACUCAGUUUCACCGAGAGAACGUCCAGCAUAAGAUAACCGCCUUCCUCGACAACUUGGACGACGAUGUGACAUCCUAUCCUGGACAUGUGGAAGAUAGGUUGUUCCCAUCAUGGUAUCGUCAUAAACACCACAAUCACCAGGUAUGUCGAGUGUGUGCGGAUUGCUGGAAUAAUGACGACUCCGUCUGCGACAUUGCCCCGGAAUUAAACUGUCAAGUGGCCGGUUGCGAGGAUAUACGCAUCGUAAAACGACAUAGGCAAAAUCAAAGGAACCAACCGUUUGUUCAUGUCGGUCUCAUAGCAUCUGGAGACAGCGUUCUCAAGUCCGCUACACAUCGGGACCAGAUUGCAGAGAACGAGAAUGUCAUUGCAUUUGAGAUGGAAGGAGCAGGUGCUUGGGAUGCCCUACCCUGUGUUGUUAUUAAGGGUGUCUGUGACUACGCUGAUAGUCAUAAGAAUAAAUUAUGGCAGAAAUAUGCAGCAAUUACUGCGGCGGCUUGUGCUAGGGAAUUUAUCCAGCACUGGUAG